UCGCGGACAGGCAGUGCCGCAGACACCCGGGCGAGGACCCGCGCGCGUCCGUGGAUCGGCUACGGGGCGAGCGGCCUGCGGUCUGCGCCAGCCACACGCACGCGCACUGCACCCAGCAUGAGGGUCGCGGCCCUGAUCAGUGGUGGGAAGGACAGCUGUUACAACAUGAUGCAGUGUAUUGCUGCAGGACAUCACAUUGUUGCUUUAGCAAAUCUGAGACCAGAUGAAAACAAAGUGGAGUCAGACGAACUGGAUAGCUACAUGUAUCAGACAGUGGGUCACCAUGCCAUUGAUCUGUAUGCAGAAGCAAUGGCUCUUCCCUUGUACCGUAGAACCAUAAGAGGAAAGAGCUUGGAGACAGGAAAAAUGUAUACCGUAUGUGAAGGUGAUGAAGUUGAAGAUCUCUAUGAACUCUUGAAACUGGUUAAGGAAAAAGAAGAAAUAGAAGGGGUAUCAGUAGGUGCUAUACUUUCUGAUUAUCAACGUGUGCGAGUAGAAAAUGUAUGUAAACGGCUUAAUCUCCAGCCUUUAACUUACCUUUGGCAGAGAAACCAGGAAGACUUGCUCCGAGAGAUGAUAGCAUCAAACAUUGAAGCCAUUAUCAUCAAAGUAGCAGCUUUGGGCUUAGAUCCUGAUAAGCAUCUUGGGAAAACCCUGGAUGAAAUGGAGCCUUAUCUUUUUGAGCUUUCAAAGAAGUAUGGUGUCCAUAUAUGUGGGGAAGGUGGUGAAUAUGAAACAUUCACUUUGGAUUGCCCUCUAUUUAAGAAGAAAAUCAUUGUGGACUCUUCAGAAGUAGUCAUACACUCUGCUGAUGCAUUUGCACCUGUGGCUUAUCUGCGACUUUCAGAGUUACACCUGGAAGAAAAGGUGUCUUCAGUACCUGGAAAUGAUGAAACAAUUAAUUAUAUAUACAAGUCUUGAAAUUUAUGCUGCAUUUUAAAAAUUAUGACUAACUUUCCUCAUUAAGUUUUUGUACUUCUUCAAAAAAUAUAAUGGGACCAUUGAUUAACUGGAAGAAUUUCGGUGAACUCUUCUCUAAUAUUGCCAAUUUUCUCAACUUUCUUUCCUUUAAAAAUUUUUUUCUUUUGUUUUUUGAGGUUACAAUAUAAUUACAUCAUCUCCCCAUCUUCCUCUAAGCCCUACACUAUAUCCCUCCUUGCUCACUUUGAAAUUUAUGGCCUUUUUUUUAUUACUAUUUUUACAUACCUCACUCUUUCUAUGUCUCUCUGUU